UGCCCACCCGGAAGCGGCGGCGGGAGCGGCGCGGGAAGCGCGUGGGGCCGGGGGUGCCGCCGCCCCGUCCUGCCGUGCUGGGAGAGCGCCCAGAGGGCGCCACACGCGUGUCCGGGCUGGGCAGGCCUUCAGUGAGCGCCGCACGUGUGUCUGUAACGGGCAGCCCGCCCAGCGAGAGCCCCACGCGUGUUCGUGCUGAGGAGCCCCUCAGGGAGCGCCCCGCGCGUGUCCAUGCCAGGGUUUCACGGGCUGUCUCUGGAGCAGAGCUCGUUGUUUUCCCCCCACGCGGGGCCCGUCCACUCUGCUGUGGCCUAAGGUGCCUGUGCUGGCCUCCCCGCCGCGUGGAAAGGCCUUUGGGGACACCAUGGAGCAGGCACUCCGGUCUGUGGUCUGGAAGGCCGUGGGGCUGGCACCCGCCAGCCAAUGGGGGUGGUGGGUGAGACACUGCACCACUCAGGAGCAGCCACCCUUCGCACCACCAGCUACACGUGGAGGUGAGGAAGGGCCACCCCGAGGUGGGGAUGGCAGCAGUCGGCUUCUCCAGGAAGGUUCCUCAUUGGUGGCUGCUUCCCAUCCCUCCUGUGAACGCCUGGUCCCACAGAGCCGGCCACGGCACAAGGCCAGACAGACCAUGCCGGACAGGGAGUUGUGGAUCUCCCGAGAGGGUGACUUCUCUAAGGAGAGGAAGAGGCUGGAACGAAAGCCUUUGUUCAUUGAGAGGACUAAAGGCUCAGAGAUCUUAUUUGGGAUUGCACCAUGUUCCCUGGCACUAUCUCAGUCGAGAAGGAGCCUGUUCAGGUUGUUCCUCAAGCAGAGCAGUGGCUCUCGGCGGCUCAUUAUGAGUGAGCUUGUCCUUCAGGCCACGGCCCGAGGAGUCCCUGUGCACCGUGUCACAAGGAGAGAGCUGGAUGCUCUUUGCAGAGGUCAGGUCCACCAGGGAGUUUGUUUGGAGGCCACUCCUCUCCGUUUCAAGAGUUUGGAGGAAGCUGAAAAGCCUGAUUUAGUGGUUGAAGAAAGUCGGAACCAACAGCUGGUUUGGCUGGCAUUGGAGCAGAUCCAGGAUCCUAUGAACCUGGGGGCACUACUGCGCUCUGCAUACUUCUUGGGGGUGGACAGAGUGGUGACAAGCCAGAGGAACAGCUGCCCCUUGACUCCAACAGUAAGCAAAGCCAGCUCUGGAGCUAUGGAAGUCUUCGAUGUCUACAGCACAGAUGAUCUCCGGAGCUUUCUGAAGGCUAAAACUGCAGAAGGCUGGGAAGUCGUGGGAACGGUCAGCAGUCCUGAGGAUGUGGAAAAUGUUCCUGUCAUCAGUUGCCUGGAAUUUCAGUGGAAUAAACCUGUUAUUAUAGUAAUAGGUAGUGAAGGGGAUGGACUUUCCCUAGAGACGCAGCUCUUGUGCCAUCGGAUGCUGGCCAUACCCCCUGGCAGAGUGCUUCACCCUGGGAUUGAGUCGCUGAACGUCUCUGUUGCUACUGGGAUUCUCCUGCACUCCAUCUGCAGCCAAAAGCUGAAGCGUGGUGAUUGAACUUUUUUUUUAUUUGGUGAGGGAAGCUGCUUCUUUUGUGGUUGUGGAUAUGGAAGUGCUUUUUCCAGGGUCUUCACCAUCACUGUGAGUUCCAGGGAGAGCCCCAUUGACCUGAACUGCAUCUUAGAUGAUGUACAAUACCACAGGUACGCUGGCUUAAUACUGACAUACUAGGUAACACCUCCCACCGGCACCUUGGGGGAGCGGCUGUAAGGAAGGGAGACAAAGCCGGGUUUUAAACGCGGACAGCCAAAUUCUUCAGUUUUUCAGUAAAAUACCCAGUUAUGGCUGUGAGCCUCGUGCUCGUUGGGGGACUUUGUACGUUGCUUGUACUGUGGAGAGGAUCCAGGCUGUAGGUGAAAGAUGGGGCUGCCACUGAGAGCAUCCAUGCCUGUCCCCACCCUGUGCUCCAUGUCCAAGCCCACUACUCCUUUAGCAGCCAGGAGGGCGCUGGUAAGAACCAGGUACAAUUUGGGACAGUAGCAAUUUCUUCACAAAGAGUUCAUUUCUGUGUGCGUAUUGCUGCUUGAAUGUCUGGAAACACAUGGUGAUGUAUUUGGUUGUAAACCAGGUCUGCAGCCCUGCUGAAGGAUGGACCUGAGCUGUUAGAAAAUGGUUGUAGUGGGGAAAAAAGCAGCCCAUUGAAAUAAAAAGCUCUGUAAAGACUCAAAUCAGUCCUUUUUUGUCAUAUAUAAAUCCAGAGUGUGGUUAAUGGAACAGAGUGCUUCCAUCAGGUGGGAAGGGGAAUUGGAAGCUUGUUGUCUUCUGGGGAAGUUUCCUUUCCAUGGUAGGCCUGAUCCUACUGGAUGCUGAGCUACUCCAGCACCACCCUCCCUACUGAUGGCAUAGAGGGUAGCAAAGGUGGCUUCAUUUGCAAAUAUCCUGGUUGAAAACCAGGCUGGCUAAGUUAUUGAGAACCAAAUGAAUGUUAUCACUUAGCACCUUAAUUAUUUUAUUUAGCUACUGUGGCCCUUUGCAUAGGAUUCCUCAUUAACACUUAAUUUACAGUGCCCUUUAGGGAUAAUUUCAAACAAUUCAGCUUAGUCUCCUCCCUCCCCCCCCUUCCAAAUGAACAAGUAAAUCACUCAGAGUGACUAAUUAGGACUUUCCUUUGAGCUAAAUGAAGUCUGUAAACCCGGUCUGUGGAUGUGGAGGUUUUUCAGAUGUGUCCCUGGGAGGGCCUGGCCAGUGGGUGAUGCGGCGGUGGGGACACCGGGUGCCUGGGAUGAGGGAUGGGACACGGAGCCGAGCGGCUGCCAUGGCCACAGGCCCUUUGCCCAGUCUGCGAGGCAUGGGAAGAUGCGGGUUGCCGGUGCUGGGAUUUGGUGCAGCUGAUUUCUCUCCCCUCCUCGGAGACAUGUUCAGUGGCCACAGAGGUCUCUGGGGGCUACAGCUGCCCCUGCGCCCUUCUGGGAAUCCUUGAAGAGUUCUGCAAGAAGGUUUGUGCCCUCCUGGCCUGCUGGUGGGAUCCUGCACAGCUUUGCAAUGCAAGCUCUUGCUUUUCAAAGGUGUCGAGUACUCACUUCUGUGUCUGCGGCCGCGUUGGAGUGGGUGAUGGCACGGCAGCACAUCUCCUGAGCUGUGCAAGCCCUUUUGCCCUCUGCUGUGGGUAAGGACAAGACCCAGUUACCCCCAGAUGGGAGCUGUAGCGUGAGCAGCACUGUGGCACCUGGGUCUGAAGACAAGCUGGUCACUGAAUAGUGGUGCACCAGUGCAUUGCUGGGGCAGUGGCUCUGGGUCCGGUGUGCAGCACUUGCAGUGUGUGAGCUGAGUGUGUCUUUGAUUUUAAUGCUGAAAUGAAAAGGCCCCGGGCCAGGGGGUGUGCAGGCGCCCUCCUCGCUAGCCAGCGCUGCUCCUGCGCAGGGGGUGCCCCAGCAGAGGGUGCCCGUGUCUCAGAUUUCCUCCCUUUUCAGAGGAAAGAUUCAGCGCUUGGGGCUAACUGAAUCCUUCCUUUGGAGCAGCAGGGAUGAGGAGAAAGCCAUUUGUUUAGUUUUGACCUAUAGGUAAGUGUAUUUUUCUAAUUUCAUAGAAACUGCAGUCUCUCUUUUUUUGUUUUCUUUUUAAAAUUUAUUUAAGCAGCGCUUCAAUAGAAGAGGCACUUCCCCAAAUUUGCCUGUGUUUGGGAAGCUGGGAGCCAUCAGACUGUGCUAGCUAUGCUCCCUCCUCCGGUCUCACGAGGAGGCAGGUGAGUAACGAUAGGCCAGCUACUUUACUUCUGGAAGGCUCCCAAAAAGCCUCAGAAACCUCAGUGCCCGCAGCAGCUCUGCCGACAGGGUGAGUGCGGUAGAUCGAAGUUCUUGUGGUCGCUUGUCCAUCAGUCCAGCAGCUGUUGAGCUCCCCCGUGGAUUUCCCCACACAGCCGCUGUAUCCAUGGAGCAUCUUGAUUUGGCGCUGCAGUGUCAGACAAGGCUUUCUGGGAGUUGCAUAAGGUUUGAAUUUUAAGAGGCAGGAAUCUGUGCUUGUAACUAGGGCUGCAGCUCAGAUUUUUUGCUUGAGAGCUGCAACAGCGCCUUUUGUGAGUGCAGUAAAUCCUACUCCGGAUGGCUCUGCUGUUCACAUUUAGCCCGUUUCCCUCCGUGGUAACUUCUGGCCCCGCUUUGUUUCACUGGGAUGCCCCUCUGCUGUCACCAGACCAGCUUUUGUGUGUAUCUGCCAUGGCCAGUGCUUUCUCCUUCCACUCCACCUCCAUCCUGCUGCAGGCCGAGACCUGCGAGGAGCACGGGGACCUCUGCACACUCACACCUUUGGAGAUAGAGCUUUGUGCUGUGCGAUUUGCCCCGAUCUAAUAAAUGCAAUCCAUUAAUUGGAUCAUUGCCUGCUUCUCCAGUUAAUUUCCUGGAUAUUUUUAAAUGUUAAAAUGUAGUUUUUAUAGUCUUUCAUUAUUUUUAGCCUUAAGCUUGACUAUAAUUGUCCCUGUAAUGUAACUGUAAAAAACUCCCGGCUUUAUAUCAUAAAGGAGGACAUUAAUUGUCAUUUUUUGUGUACAUCAGCAAGAUCAAAACAUGCUUCCUGAUUACGUCUGUUUGUACACACAGUCUCUUUGAUAUUUAGAUAUGAAUAAAGUGUGUGUGUGUAAUUUGAAAGUCAAUUCUUCCCUCCCUGCUGCUUGCCAUGGAUUCCUUUCAGAAGCUUAUUUACCAAAUUGAUUUUAAAAUUUAGUAAUUGCCCUUCCAAGAUGAUUUCUCAAUAAUCAAAGUGUCUCUAAGCACAGUGGCAAAAUAUUUGUCCUUCUUGGUUCAGAAGAUGUACUCCAUGCCUUGUCCUUUUCAUCCUCAGAUGAGGGCGAACACAAAGCUUUUCAUCCCCCAAAAUCAACUCCAGGGAGAACUGGCUGUGAGAUCAGCUCAGUUGAUGCCCCAAAUUUUGCUUUUGUGCACAGAUUAUCAAAAUGACUGAAAAAAACCCUGUUCCAUCAAAUCCAUCACUAGGUCCUUAAGACUUUUCCUGAGGCUGGAAGGGCUUUGGGGCAGAGAAUACCACUUUUGUCAUUGCAAAGCUCGAGGUGGUUCCGUGGCUGAAGGGAACGACGUGGGGUGGCUGAUGCUGGAAACACCACCCAAGGGGCGCUGUCCUCACUGGCAGUGGGGAAUCCUCCGCUGCACUGCAGCCCCUAUCCACGUUUGUAAAUGUAAUCAACCUUGAGGUCUUGUUACUUCCACAGGUGCAAUUAACAUUACCAUCUGCUAAUCCGUGAUUAACGAUGUUUACAAAUAUGCUACAACAUGUUAAAAUGUGCCGGCACACUUUUUUUUCCCUCUUUUUCCCCUCCCCUCCCUGUUUCAGUGUGGGAGCUGUGCUGCUGGCAGCAGCGCAGGAGGGAUUUCCCGGCGGAGGGCUCCCCGUACCCCACCAUUAACUCACAGACAUUUUGUUUUCAUAAUUUAAAAGUGCCGUUAAACUCCAAACCAGCUGUAGGAAUGACAAGUUCAAAUCAAAAGGUCAGUGCUGCUAAAUGGGAUUUAAUUGGACGGGGGUUGAGGUACAAACUGAUGAAUCUGAAUAAUAAAACUUUGUGGGGAGCGACAUAUGGCACAGUUUAAAGUAAAUUUUUAUUGAUCAUCCCACAACUGAUGUGUUAAUGGGAUGGCAGUCUUUGCUUUUGAUUUGAUAUUGAUGUGGAGUUUUAAUAAUGUCACCCAGGAAUAUUGUGGAGGGGUUUAUAAUGUAAAAAAAAAAAAAAAAGAGUGUUUUCUAUUAACUGCCUUUUUCUUAAUGCAGAGAGGAAUACAUUAUCUCUUUACUGUAUGUCCUCCAGAUCUAGGUUACGUGUAAUUGCUUGGUAAUUGGUAGAACCAUGUAAAAGCCAUGGUAUUUGCCAGUAAACCCUCCUAAGUUACCGUGAAAUUGAAGUGUGAUAUUUAUUCUCUACUAAACUUGCUACCCAAAUAUCGUAUCCAAUCAGGUUUGGUCACUGCAGAAGCAUUUCUGCAAUGGCUGUGCCAUGUGUCACGCCUGCACGGCUUGGAUUUUGCACUGAUAUUGUCCUAACAACGGGUGGGGCUCUGACUGAGAUGUUAAGGGGAUAUUUUGCUUCCAGGGAAGGCGCUUUAACCUCUCUUGGGCUUCUGUCUCAGGGUUAUUACAGUUGUUUUGAGGCCAAACUCAAAAUGAUAGAGGUUUGGAGGUAGCUGAAGAAGCUCAUGUGUUUUCAAUGGGACUGGGAACAGUAAUUACUCUCCCAAUGGCUUUUGAAGCCUCUGGAGAUAAAGCUUUUGUUGGUACAUUGGGAGUACAUCCUCGGGUUGCCUGUACUUUAGCCUCUUGUUAGUAGGAUGUCCAGAACUGUCCCUGUCUGGGGAAUUUUCACGAUUUAGCCAUAACUCUGGUUUAGGAACCUCCAGCCCCACAGAUAUGGAUGGGCUCAUGUUUGAGGAGCCUCUGCUUGUGGCACCGUUCCCUCUGAUGGAGGUAUUUGCCCCUCCUGAGGAGUGGCCGGGCGGGUCCAGUGAUGACUCCUUAGCGCCUGCCUCAAGGCUUUAAAUAUGAGCAGGAGUAAUUGCCUGGCUUAUGAUCAAUAGUUUUAUAUACUUUAAAAAUGUAACAAUACGCUGGGGAUUGAUGCAAAGUUAAACCUGCCAAUUUUUUUUCUUGCUGGCCUGUUUUAGAAGCUGCGAACUCAGCAGUGUUUCCCCUGUGCUUGGGAAGUGGCAGCUCAGCUGUUUUCUCUGAAGAUCUGAACAUCCUGCGCAUCCCACGGAUCUGGCCUGAUUCUUCCACGUCCUGUUUCUUGGCCACAGGCAUGGAAGGAAGCUGUGGUGCCUGCAGUUGGGUACAAAUGUUCUCUCCUAAUGUUUUCUAACCUGCCUUUGAAAGGUAUGUAGAGCAGAUAGAAAGGCCACCUGACCCUGUGGGUUCUGGAUCCUGGUGCGGUGUUACUGAAAUAUCCCGGCACCAAACUGCCCAUGGGAAAGUGGGCGGAGGGGACACGCUCAGCCCUGUGGGGUACCUUGUGAUGACCAGUGCUGCCGAGGGCUUGGAGGGCCUGUGCUGUACACUGACACUGCUCUUCGCAGACCUGGCCAGGCAGCAACCCCGCAGUCCCACCUCGCCUUCCCUCAGGUGCCAGUGCUUUGGGAAAACUCACCUUUUCCUGUGUAGUGUUGGGCAACUGGGGACUGGUGUGGGUCUGGGGUAGGUGGGAGAAAGAAGGGAGAGGGAGUGGGCAGUGAGGGGGUCCUGGAAUGAGAAGAAGCUGUGGAUGGUGGAGCAACACUGCAGGUGAUGCGGGAUGGAGGAUGUCCCACCAGUGUGUGGUGCUGCAGCCGAAUGUCCUUGUACGUGCUUAUGCCAAGGUAUGGGAUAGUGUCAUGCAUUAAAGGUAUGUGGCGUAGCAAGAAGGGUUACCCCUUUUCCAUUUGGGAUCAUUCCUGGCACGUGAGUUCCAUCCCAUGAGCAGCAGCUGGGGGAGUCGGGCAGUUUUGCACCCCUGGACCAAGCUGCUUGCACAGCCCCAUCCCUGCCUGCUGCCGAUGGAGCGAGUGGGUGUCAUCAAACUGCCUCGAGCAGAGCUUGAGUGAAUCCCCUUUGGUGCUGCCGGGGAAUUGCAAGCGGGAGAAUGGUUGAAAAUGAGGGGCAUGCAAGAGCGACGCACAAGGGUUGACGUUACCCAGCAGAAUAAAUGAGGUGGUGGUGUCUGGCGGCGCCUUCGCAGCUUUGCCAACCCUCAUUAGCACCUUUCAGCAAAGCAGAGCUUCCUCAAAGGAUAGCACCAGUCUUUUUCUGGAGAUUGCAUCUGUGCCUAAUAUGCAUUUUUAUAUAAACAAGGGUACUAAAUGGCCUUUCAGUUCCCUCUGUAAUGUCUUUUUUAAUGGAAGGUCCUGAAUUAAGAACAUAUAUAUAUGACUCCAAGAAUUUUCUAAGUGAUAUUGAAAACCUAUUGUAAAGUAGGAUUUCUUCUUGCAAAAUUAUUUUAAUGAGGUUCCAGUUUAUUUUCUGGCUAUAUUUUACUUAUUUAAUCCUCCAGAGGGGCUUUUCGGAGGCAGCAUCUCAUUUUCAAUGCAACUAUUCUUAACAUUAGGGAAAACUACCUUUCUGAAAUGCAUGAAGGGAAGGGAAAAAAAAAAGAACCAGAGGAAGAUGUACGAGAUAAGAAUAAACUUGAAAAGCUUUGAGGUGGUUUAUGGCUUCUCUUGAAAGAAUAACAGUUCAUGUAUUUUUGUUAUGGUGUGGUUUAAUGAUGCUUGCAGGAAAAAGAUAAGGUAGAAAUGGAAAUAUAAAAUUAAACCAGCAAAGUGAAUGUGAUUAUUUUAGUUACUAGUAUUACCUGGGGAAAACGCUCUCGGGGUUUUUUAUCUAGACUAAAUAUUUGCUUUUCUAAAAGGGAAGGCCCUCUGCAUCUCCCGGCACGAGGGCGGGAAGUGGAAUUUUCCUGUGGUCCAGCAGCCACGGGAGGGUGGAGGCAUCUCUGCUGGAGCCCACGGCUGGCUGCCACUGUGUUGGGUUCCUCGCAGCCCAACAUCACCAUCCCAGGGCUGUGCUUUGCACAGGCCUGGUUUUCCCGGGGUUGUGCUGGGUGCUGCGGUGGGGAAAUGACCUCGAGAGGGGCUUCACAGCCUCACUGCGGUGUCCGUACCACUGUGUCACCACGGGCAUCCCAGAAAUGGUGGGAGGAGGCACGGUGGGACCCUGGUUCCCAGCAAGUGUGUGAGAGGGGCUUUGUCCCUGUUCUGGAGGAUCACCCUUCUUGAGGAGCUGGGCAUGACGCAGUCUUGUCCCUUCCUGUCUCAUCCCGUGCCAUCCCAUCCCAUCCCAUCCCAUCCCAUCCCAUCCCAUCCCAUCCCAUCCCAUCCUUCCCUUCUCAUUUCACCCCACCCAUCUCCAUCUCCACCCUGAUCUCCAUCCCCAUUCUUGACUGUGGGUACAGACCGGAGGCAAAGAGCUCAAAAGCCAUAAUACUGCCCCAGUCAUGGAGCUUUUGCCUUCUCUGAGCAGCUCUGCAGAUUUCCGAGCUGAGCCACGGUGCUGUGGGAUUGUGCUGGCCAUGCGGUUUGAUGAGGACUGGACGGAAUCAGCUGGAUGUCGAGUCAAGUCCGGUGCAAGAGGCAAGACCCCAGCUGAGCACGGCCCCCACGCAUCCUGUUCCAGCCACCGCCGAGUAAGCCCAGCCGCUGGGUCACGAGAGGAAAUGCUCUUGACCAUCUGCUGCUGCUCUAAGAAAUGAGUCUUGGAGAUUGUUUACUACUAAAAAUAUUGUAGGUAUUUAGGGUAGAUCACAGUGGAGUGUAAGGGCAAUGUACUGAUUUCAGAGUCUGCUUAUAUAAACCUGUAGCGCUGAUGCCAUGAGCCGAGUGAGUUGGAAAGUGGAUCUGCAGCGGUGGCAGCUUCUGCUCUGCCAGCGUCUUGGCUUAUCCUGGCUUGCAGCACUGGUUUCACCCCUCUUCCCAUCCGCGGUGAUGUCCCAUCUGUGAGCAGAGGGUACCAGUCCUUAUCUAUCUUAUAGGGAGGCAGCAGAGAUUAAUUCUUGAUCUUAAUAAAAAUGAUUUAAGAUCGCUGGGAUGAAAAAUAUCACGACAGUCUCAUUUACUCUUUAUUGUAACCUCCAGAUUUGCCCAGAGAAGCCACGUGCUGAUCCCCAGCGAGCUUUUACCUCUUGCUGAUUAGAGCAAGUGGGGCCAAAAAGAGUGGGCAAAGCCCUUGUCACCCACAUGUGCACAAGACUGGGAGCCCAGCGCUACCGCCGAGCCCUGCUGGACUUCAAUCUGUUUUUUCCAGUGUAUUUUAUUACUGAAGCUUGGGUGUUGGGAGCAGCAGAUGUAGCCUGAGAGCAGCGAUAUGGACGUGCUGCAGGAUGGGCUAUGGUUUCCAAUCACCAGGUUGGAAAAGACCUGUUGGAUCAUGAAGUCCAACCAUUCCUGUCUGCCCCUAAACCAUGUCCCUGAGCACCUCGUCUGCCUGUCCUUUAAAUCCUUCCAGGGAUGGAGACUCCACCACCUCCCAGCGCAGCCUCUGCCAGAGCCCCAUGACCCUUUCUGUGAAACAUUUUUUUCCUGAUUACCCAUUAUUCAGCCUCUGCGAGACACUAAAAGAUGUUGCUGCCUCCCUGCUUGCUUCUACACCUUUGAGUUUGGCUUUGUACGGAGGAGGAAUGUAUUAAAUGUGGUUUCUUUUUCUUCCACCGCAGCCUUGCUCAACAAGUGCAGCACCCAUGGGGCCGGCAGCUGUGCCUGUCGAUCGAUCGGGGACGGGGACGGGGCUCUGCCUGCCCUUCCCAGCGACUGCGCCCGGUAUUGAUGGAUCAAAGCAAGCGAGCGGUCCGAGGCUGGGAAGCAACGGCUGCUGGCAGGGAGCGGAGGGGGCUGUGGUGGGAGCAUCCCCAGGGCUCGUGCUCCCGCUGGACCUGGAGCCGAGCAUCGCUGGAGCAUCCUCCCGGCAUGGGUCGGGCUGGGGACGUUGCUGCGUGGGGAAUAUUCAUUAAUAUUGAAUUAUGUACAGUAUUUGGAAAGUUGAACCGUUAAUGCAGUGGAAUAGAGUAUAGGAAGGCACUCGUGUCUGCCUGGAUGUGUAGCGUAGGAGUGCCUGCGCGGAGGGGGCUGCCUGCGAGUGAGGGCACGGAUCGUGUCGUGCGGGUCUGGUGGUUCUCUAGGAGUGCAUGGGAAAGAGCACAGCAACUCCAGAGCAUCUCCAGCAGAGCAACUCCAGCCUGAGAAUGGUUUUUUAGCAAACCUAGUUUCACUGCAAGCCUUGCCGGUACGCCCGGCAGCGUGUGGGUCUACGGGCCGGGGACUGCUCAGCAGCCCUUGGAUAAAUAUCAGAGCGUGGAGUACGACGGAGAGGUUUUCUGUCCCUGUUGUUCUUCAUUCAUGUACAAACUAUGAGAGCAGCGUUUUCUUAUCUGGAGCUGUCCCAGGCUUCGGUAUUCAAACCCUGGCGAUCACUAAUCGCCUUAUUUCCCCUCCUUCAGGGAAAUUUUAACUCUUGUCCUCUGCCGCUGAGUAGAUCUUUAAGCCAGUAAUAAUGUGAGACAGAGGGAAAUUAAAAGCUUCAUCCUGCCCCUUCCCUGGCUGGAAACCACUAAAGAAUUAAAGAAUGAAAGAGGUAUAAAUUUGCAUUCAAAUUAUUUUCGUGCAGCUGAGGGGUUUGGUUUAAACAGGGUGUGACGGAAAGCGUAGACACCUUGUGCCCUCACCCUUCCCCUGGUCUCUGAGAGCCUGGCAGGUCCCAUGCUUGCAGGUUUGGCCGUGGGGGGACGAGGUGCUGGGAUGCUUCUGCCCGGCCGAGUCCCUGGGAUUGCCUGGAUGGGAUCUCCGCAGCCAAGAGCCACUCCAGCGGCUCCUUCCCCUUGAACACCUUCAUCCCGUGGGUGAUCCGGUGGAGGGGAUGAGGAGGGCAGGUGGGCUCGCGCUGUUGGCCAGGGCUGCGGCAGUGGCACCGUGCGUGCGCCGCGCUGGGGUGUAAGGAGGGGUCCGGGGGGGGCGGGACCGCGGUGGCCUUUGUCUGCCUGUGCCAAACAGAUGUGAACAAACCCAAGUUCGAUUUCCAAGACCGCCUGGGGAAUAUUGCUAACUAAUUAUAGAAAACAGAAGAUGCGCUCCCCUCCUCUUGCAUUUUUUGAUAAACAUUGUCUCCUCUCAACAGCUGAGUAUUUAAUUAGUGUUGAUUGUUGUUAGCGUGUUCAAUAACCACUCAUCAGGAGGGGGGUGUCCGCUGGGGCAGCGUGGCCUGGAGCACAGAGGAGCGGAGGGUGUUCAUAAUUAAGGAUGCAAUUUGUUUGAGUAAGUCAUGUGUACAGCGCCCUGUGUUUUAGGGUAAUUUUCAAGGUUAAAGGGUAAAAAAAAAAAAAAGAUAGCUCACAACUUCCAAGGAUGAGGAGCGACAGUUAGAAACUCGGCACCGAAAGCCAUGCAGAGGGUAGAUAUAUAUUUAUAUGUGUCUGUGCACACGCUGACGAGCAUGCGUAUAUAUACACAGAGCACACGUCAAGCAUCCGCGCCGCUGCGUGCGUGUACGUGUGUGGCCGCAUCCGUGUUCCCACCAGAGCCCUCCAGGCCCCUCAGAGGUUUCCACCCUCUUGCCCUGCAGAUGCUCUGUUUUCCCAAGUUUUGGCUGGCAAACGCUGCUGUGUGGAGUUGGAGUCCUCGGGAAGUUGGUUCCUUAGGAAGCAGGUUUAAUAAAAAAGGAAAAGCAGCUUUUUCUUGGUGCUGCUGGGUUUAGGGAGGGCUGAGGUUCACUGUCAGUUUGGGUUUAUCAAAUCACACCGUGGUGUGCAGGAGGCGAAUUUCCAGCCCCGUGUUUUCCUAUAUUUACCUAAGGAACAACGAUGUACACCGGCGUCCCCGCUUGCAGCCCGUGCCACGGCAGGCAGAGGUUUGACUUUGCUUUCCAAACACCACGUGGAUCAAUCCCAUAGAGAGGAGAAGAACCUCAAACAGAAACGACUGUGGGGUUAAAGCCAUGUGUUGAUGCUGUGUGGAGAGAUGGGAUGGAUUGGGGCAAGUGGUCUCCUUUCUCAGCAGCCGUGCACCCCUGCAUGAGGCUUUCACCAAUGUCCAGAGCAGGAAGGCUGGAGGGAUGUCGGAGCAUCCCUGCCGGUGGUGACACAGGGGUCCCUUCACGUGUUUUUUGGACGUGGCUAUUGUUCUGUGUGCUCCUCCCUACAGGGGAGGACUCAUCUGGAUCCCCCCAGUGCUGAGAAGGCUUCAGAGUGAGGAGAUGAGCGAGGCCGGGGCUGUGGGCAGGCGUCGGACACAGCCCCAUUCCCUGCACACCCCUUUCCUGCUGACUGGACGGGUUUGUGCAUGGGUAUGGGGAGCAGCAGCUAAAAUUGUAAAUAAGCAAAUAACCGUCUCCUCCCUGCACGGUUUCCGCUUUAUUUAUUUAUAUGUUUAUUUUGCUGUGCCUCCUGACAGCAGUGAUGGAGCUGUCAUGCUUUGGUGGCCACCGGCUCGUGAUCCGGCACCUGUUCUCCGCGCUUUAAUCUCUCUGCUCUGUUCAUAUAGACAGUCUAUACAUAACCCCCAGCCAAACAAAACGUAGAGAAAAAUCAAAUCUAAUUAUGUGUCAUUGAUUUCUUUCCAAAUUUGCUUCUAAUACACUUUUUUGACUACUCCUUGAUUUUUUUUCUAAUUUUUUUUUCCUUUCUCCUCUCCUUUCCCCGUCCUCUCAUGCAGCAGCAGUCUCCUCCUGUGGAAGCGAGCGACUGCAGUCCCCGUGCUGGACCUGGCGAGCCCUGGAGCAGUUAGGAAAUGCAUAGCCCAGAGUGGGGUUUUCGCUCUUCAGAGGCCACAGGGAUGAUGUGAGCCCCGAACCUCUUCCUGAGGGACAGGUAGGACCGUACAGCUUCCUUCAUUGCUUUUCCUCUUCCUCUCCUCAUCUUCUUUGUAAGCCUGAGCAUCGUUUUCGGUGCCAGCAUCAUUGUGGCCGUGGGCAGAGCUGGUGGCCACCAGCAUCUCCUCCAUCCCACCGAGAGCCCCACGGACUGUCUCCAGCCGGGGCGGACGCUGAGCCCCAUCGGUGAGCUCCGCGCAGUGCCUGAAGGGUUAAAGGCAGCGGGACGCAGAGGCGCAGGUCACUGGGCAGCAGCUUUGGUCAGAGCUUUCUCUUGUACAUCAAUAUAUUGAAUAUCCUCUAAUCUGGAUCCGUGGGAGCCGGGUGCGACCCAUGUAGAGCAGCAGACCUGUCCUGUCCUCAGGGUGACACAGGACAGGAGGGCGAGCGGGGGCUGCGCGUCCCUCGCUGUGCGGGGCAGGUUUGGCAGAAGGAUGGAGGGAGGUGAAACACUCUCCUCACCUUCACCAUUUCCUUGGGUAAAAUCUGACCCAUCGUUUGCAAAUCAGACUCCUAAAAACGUUAUCAGCUAUGAAAAUUAAUAAAAAAAGAAUACAAAAGAGAGAGAAAACAAGAAUUGGCCCAUCCUGCCCUGCUGUGGGACCCUGAGGCCACGUCCUGACCAUGGCCACCAGUGCCACUCAGACGUGGCCCCGGUGUCACCAGCGUCAGGGGAUGCAAACCCACCUCCGCGACGCCCCGGGAAGUACCCGCUUCCAAGAAAGCAGCCAGAUUUAUAGCGUAAGGAGAUGUAUUUAGGCCAAAGACAGUUCCGUUGUGUUAAUUAUGAAAAUCUAAAGAUAAUCUAUAUUUAAUGUCAAAUUUUUCUCAAAUUUACUAAAGAACGAGGAGAAUAUAUGCACACGAUGACAUUUAAAUGAAGAACAAGGUGCAAUUAGACUCCAAAAUGUACAGCAGACUAAUUGUGAGAGGAUGACAAAUAUAGUUAUCAUCAGUAACUAAUUAGGGACCUGCGUUAGCUUCCUCUGCUUGAUUAAUCUUGACUAGGUGUUAAUAAGUUACGCGGGCCCGGCCGUAAGUUGUGAAGAGGCUGUUUGUUGCUCCGUCUGGUGCGGCAGGGAGGUGCGUGGCGUUUCCAACCUCGCGGGACGGCGCUUUGUGUUGAGAAGGGACGUUCGUGGUAGGAGGUUUGUUUUAUGGGGAGGGAUGGCGAGUGUGCCCAUCGCCCUGCGGUGUGUGCCGGGCAAAGCCACUUCUUGGCCAUGGCGAUGUCCUCAGUGUGGUCCCUGGGCUGGGAAGGGUUGUCCCGGGAGCGAGGGAGGAGGAGCAGCGCCCGAGGAGCGCUGCCUCAGCUCUGCUGACACAUCCCUUGUCUCCCAGAUUUACACUCUUAUCUUUUUGCAUUGAAAGGUAAGAAUAAUAGUAAAAUGUUAAUGCCGUACUCUACAUAUAAUACUGUACAUAAACGGAUGACAUGACAUGGGAGACAGAUAAAUCACCGCUGUGUUCAGACAAUAAUCUGCCGGAGACAGAAUAACACAUGAGUUCUCCAAGCAUAGGAGCGUGCUCGGGAAAACGGGGUUUUACAGCCCAAACUCUCCCUGAUUUUUACUGGUACAUUUAUUAGAGCGCAAUUUUAUGAAUUUAGAUAUAUUUUUAAAUAUGCCGUUCCCUGUUGGUAAUGGGCACUCAUUGCUGGAGAAACCUGGAAAUGCUCACGGGUAAACGACUCGCUGCCGCUCGGUGCCCGUGAGGAUGCCAAAUGCCUUAGCUAGAGCUGCACGGAUGUAGGGAGAAGAAGUAUUUCCACUUGGAAAAGAUCUCAGGGCACGUCCCUGGCACAGCUUUCCUUGUGGGUUUUAGUUUCUCGCGGUUCCCUGGGGAAGCUGCAGCCCUUGCAAAGCCCCGACACCCCCACGGGAAGGCGGUGGGGAAACUUCCCGUGGCUCCAUCCUACAUCCUACAACCAUCCCGUGCCGUAGCUGUGCUAGAAAUAUGAAAACCAGUAUCGUUUGCUGGUCCUGCUCGUUGGGCGCCAUUCCCACGUGGAGAACAUUUGAUGGGCGCUGUGCCCCGAGCGGCUGUUGGGGACGGCGCUGCCACCGCCCUUCAAACACAACACUUCUGCUAAAAACACCUCCAAAGGCCCCGGGGGGGUUCUCCUGCGCAGUCCCCGGUGGGGUGUGGUGAGGAGAUGCUGCUGACAGAUUGAAGGCUGUUUUUUCCCAAGAAACAAUCCCAAGCGGUGGUGGGAGAGCAAAGCCAUUACCGCAGAGGAUGAACUUGGCUCAGUCGCCAUGGAAACGCUGGCCGGGACCCGGCACCGUUCGCGUGUACGCGAGUCCUGUUGACCUCACUUAGAAUUAUUACCUUUAGCCAAAUAAAAUAAUUUGUGUUAAUAAAGAGACCAUUUUCUCUCGCCUUCCGAGCGAGCCUUCCCCAGAAGGCAGAGUGACUCCUUAAUUACACUUUUACUGCAAGGUGAUUAAUGUUCAAUAUGUGAUACUCCGUUUAAAUAAGUCGCUUAUUAACACCUUUAAUAUGUUUUAAUUUUUUUCCCUCUCCCUUUUCCGCCCCUUCCCCCUCGCAGGCCCAUCUGGCGGCGGGAGGGGCUGCGCAGCACUAGAUGGAGCUCUGAUAUUGGCCAUGGGCACGCGUGGGCACCCACGGGUGAUCCCUGCAUCCCUGCAGUCUCCCAGAAGGACAAAAAUGAUGGGAAGCAGAAGGGAGAACCCCAAGUAUCGAGGUCCAGCGUUAGCAAAAGUUAACUGGGGGAGCACGCCAGGAAACCCCCUUUGCUGUUUCCUGCUGCAG